AUGGAGAGGUCGAUUGCCUCCUUGUUAAUCAUCAUAUGUCUUCUAUUUUGUGUUGCACACUUUCCUUGCAGCGUCAAAGCAAGGAGUCUCCUGCAGAAACAAUCCAGUCCAAAUGGGAGAAGACUGCUUGCGUCUUCCAGAGGUGGUGGUCGUGGUGGUGGGUUUGGUAUUGGUGUGAGCCGUAAUGGGUCAAAGGUCGACAUCGGUACCGGCGGUGGAGUUGGAGGAGGUGUCGCCACUAGUCGUGGCGGGGGUGUUACGGCUGGUGGAGGUGUGGGUGUAGGCGUUGGCGUUGAAAUUGGAAAGGAUGGAGUGAAUAUUGGUAUAGGAGUGGGUGGUGGUGGCAGUAUUACCACUCGUAACGGCACUGUGAGCGUGGGGGGUGGAGCUGGUUUUGGGAUCAGUAUCAACCGUGGUGGUGUAACAGUUGGUGGUGGAGGUGGAGGUGGAGGUGGCAGUGGUAGCGGUGGUAGUGGAUCGGGUGGCGGGGCUGGAACUGGUAGUGCUGGAGGAGCGGUAGGACAUGGAGAGGGGUCUGGUAAUAGCAGUGCUACUGGUGCAAGUGGAGGAGGAAGCGGAACGGGGUCGGCAGGAGGUGGAGCAGCCAAUGGAGGAGGUGGAGGUGGUGGUGGUGGAAAUUGA